AUGCUACGUAAAAAAGCUCUAACUCGCAGCUAUGUGUGCUGGUCCGGUGUGAAUUCGGAUAUCGUCAAUUUUGUCAAAGCAUGCCACCAGUGUGCUUCCGUAGCCAGAUCACCUCCGCAUGCUCCACCAGUAUCGUGGUCCAAGCCAAUCGCCCCGUGGCAGCGGGUUCAUAUCGACUACGCAAAAUCAAUCGAAGGUGAGCAUUAUUUGAUUGUGGUCGAUGCUUUCACCAAGUUGCCUGAGAUCAUUCAAACGAACCGUAUAUCGUCAGUGGCAACCAUCACCAUUCUUCGUAGUUUGUUUGCUAUAUUCGAUAUGCUAGUUACAAUAGUUAGCGACAACGGUUCUCAAUUUACAAGCGCCAAAUUCGAUUUCUGUAUCUCCAACGGAAUUGAUCAUAUUACAAUAGCACCGUAUCAUCCACAAUCAAACGGCCAAACGGAACAAUUUGUGGACACAUCUAAAAGAGUCGUGAAGAAAAUUCGAGAGGAGAGAGGAUCGAUACAACAUGCAUUGGAUAUUUUCUUGCUACCGUACCGAAGCACGCCCAACCGAGCCUUACCAGGCAAUAUUUUGCCAUCCGAGUGUCAACAUUUGAAAAUCCUAGACAACCUAGAUGUUUCAAUCGUAACGACUCAGUUUAUGCCACGCUACACAGUCGUAACGGAUGGAAGCGUGGCGUACCGAGAAAACUUGGCGCCCGGGGCAAAAUAA